AUGAGAAGGCCUGAUGCGAACGGACGUCUGUGUGUAUGCGCGCGCGCGCAAGAACACGUCACUCCGUUGGUUGACUUGCUGAACGUGCCGCUCGAGAAGCUGAAUUAUAAGGAGGGUGGGGGAGGUCCAGAUGAACUAAUCGCACGAUCGGAUGCGGCGAGUCUGUCUAUUGCGGAAUCGACCGCCUUUAACGCUCAUCUGGCCGUGUUACGUGGUGCAACCACACAAGAUCCCAUUGGGAUUCUUCGCAGUAACGCCCUGUACAUGUUCAAGGCCAACCACAACAGGAGACAAUUAUGGCCCGAACCCUGA